AUGCACAGAUCGUUUACCCGCAAAUGGCUCUUGCCAGAAAAUGUUGAUCUGGAGGCGAUCCGUACUCAGCUCGAUGACAAAGGCCAUUUGUCCGUGGAAGCGCCGAAGAAUGUCGAGGGCCAGACGCAGAAGAGAACCAUCCCUAUAAUGGCUGCUCCUAAGAAGUGA